UUUACUGUAUCAGUACAGUCCAUAAGUGCUGCCUCGUAUGUUGCCAUUUUAAUACGUCCCCAUGGAGCAAUAAAAUUUUUAUGACAAGGUGCAUCGAAUAAAAAGAGUUUAAGUAAUAUUUCGUCAUCGAUAACGAAUUCGUAUCGUUGAGUGUAAAAAUUGUUUAAAUCUCGCGUACAUUUGUGUUGAGAUUUCUAAAAAAAAAAAAUACAUGCUGAUUUGAUAGUUCGAUGAUAACGAUUUUUUCAAUUCUAACUGAUCUAAAAAAAGGAAUAAAAUAAUUUACAAGACAAAGGAUCGCCAAGGAAGUGACGAUCCCGAAUGAAUCCUGUUAUGUUUUGACGAAACGCUUGCAGAACGUGAACUAUGAAUCCCUCUGAAUCACAGCAGGAUCUUCUUAGCAAUGAAGUCAGAGCACCUUCUGUACAGUCGCUAAGUCCACCGACUGAUUAUGCUCUCGGACCCGUUGAAAAGCAUUUUUUAUUGAGUGCGGAAAGAGGUGACUGUGCUACUGUCAAAAGGUUAUUAGAAGAAAAUAAGGACAAUCCAGAAAUUUUGAAUAUAAAUUGUGUGGAUCCAUUAAAUCGAUCAGCUUUAAUAGCAGCCAUCGAAAAUGAAAAUAUUGAGCUUAUUAAAUUGCUCCUGGAAUUAGGAAUACAAGUGAAGGAUGCACUUUUGCACGCCAUCAAAGAAGAAUACGUGGAAGCCGUGGAGAUUUUAUUAGAAUGGGAAGAAAAAAUCCAUGUUGUAGGGCAACCUUACAGUUGGGAAGCCGUAGAUAGAUCUUCGUCUAAUUUCACUCCUGACAUAACUCCACUGGUAUUAGCGGCGCAUAAAAAUAAUUAUGAAAUUUUAAAAAUACUAUUGGAUCGUGGAGCGACACUUCCUACACCUCACGAUGCUAGAUGUGGCUGCGAUGAGUGUGUUACUUCGAGCGAGCAAGAUUCUCUUCGGCAUUCACAGUCUCGUAUAAACGCGUACAGAGCCUUAACAUCACCAUCUCUUAUCGCUUUAUCCUCGAGAGAUCCUCUUUUAACGGCUUUUGAACUUUCAUGGGAAUUACGUCGUCUCAGUCGAAUGGAACAGGAAUUCCGAUUUGAGUACAAUGAAAUGCGAGAGCAAACGCAAAACUUUGCAACUGCGUUAUUGGAUCAUGCACGUACGUCAUACGAAUUAGAGAUUAUGCUCAAUUAUAAUCCUACUGGAGACAAUUGGGAACCCGGAGAACGACAAACUUUAGAGAGACUAAAACUUGCUAUAAAAUAUAAGCAAAAGCAGUUCGUAGCACAUCCGAACGUACAACAAUUAUUAGCAGCUAUUUGGUACGAUGGUCUACCUGGUUUUAGAAGAAAAAGUAUGAUUGGUCAAUUACUCGAAGUCGGAAAACUCGGUGCUAUGUUUCCUGUUUAUAGUACAAUUUAUAUGAUGUCUCCUACUUCAAAAAUGGGUUCGUUCAUGAAAAAACCAUUUGUCAAGUUUAUUUGUCACUCUUCGUCCUACGCUUUUUUUCUCAUGUUACUCGGAAUGGCAUCUCAACGGAUUGAAUAUUUGGCUAUCGAAUUAUUUGGUAAUGCAUGGAUGCGAGAAAUACUUGCGGAAUGGAAGAGACGAGAACGAGGUUGCAUUCCGGGUUUUGUUGAAUCUGGCGUUAUUAUCUACGUAAUAAGUUUAGUCGUUGGAGAAAUAAGAUCAUUAUGGUCGGACGGAUUAAUUGAGUAUAUAUCAGAUUUAUGGAAUAUAGUGGACUUUAUACAAAAUACGUUUUACGUUAUAUGGAUAAGUUUGAGAAUGACUGCUUGGUUUGUAGUACAGAGAGAAUAUUGGAAAGGAGACGAUCCUUGGUAUCCAAGAGAUAAAUGGCAUGCCUUCGAUCCUAUGCUUCUAUCGGAAGGAGCCUUUGCUGCUGGAAUGAUAUUCAGUUUCUUGAAACUCGUUCACAUAUUCAGCGUAAAUCCACAUCUCGGACCUUUACAGAUUUCUUUAGGGAGAAUGAUAAUAGAUAUUAUUAAAUUUUUUUUCAUCUAUACUCUCGUUCUAUUCGCUUUUGGCUGUGGUAUGAAUCAAUUAAUGUGGUAUUAUGCUGACUUGGAAAAAAUGAAAUGUUAUCAUAUGCCCAACGGAUUGCCGGAUUUUGAUAAUCAAGAAAAAGCUUGCUCGAUAUGGCGAAGAUUUGCUAAGUAUAAAAAAGAUAUUUUUAGUCUUUCGCACAAGACCAAAUAUGAUUUGCUAAACGUAUGUAUUUGUUUGAAUUUUAGCCUUUUCGAAACUUCACAGUCAUUAUUUUGGGCAAGUUUUGGUAUGGUAGAUUUAAUGUCUUUCGAUCUAACCGGAAUAAAAAGCUUUACAAGAUUCUGGGCUCUGCUUAUGUUUGGAUCGUAUUCGGUCAUCAACGUUAUUGUAUUACUCAAUAUGUUAAUUGCUAUGAUGUCCAACUCAUAUCAAAUCAUUUCGGAAAGAGCUGAUUCAGAGUGGAAGUUUGCACGAAGUCAUCUUUGGAUGAGUUACUUCGAAGAUGGUGAUACCGUGCCACCACCGUUUAACAUGGUUCCAACGAGUAAAACUUUUAACAAAAUUGCUAAAUGCGGUAAAACUUCACGACCUACUCGGUCCUUGAUCAAAAAAUCACGAGAGAAAGCAAUGACUAGACAUGACACCGUAAUGCGAUUACUUAUUCGUCGUUACGUGACAGCGGAACAAAGAAAACGCGAUGAUUUCGGUAUUACAGAAGACGAUGUCAUGGAAAUUCGACAAGAUAUUUCGACGUUGCGGUACGAAUUAAUCGACAUUCUACGACAAAAUGGGAUGCGAACACCGACUAUUGAUAAACAGGACGCUGCAUUAUCUGGUAAAAAGGGUCGAGUAAUGGAACGUCGCUUGCAAAAGGACUUCCAGAUUGGAAUAGUAGAAGGCAUCGUGAAUGCAGUUAUACAAGGAAAUGAAAAAGAACCGAAAGAUGUGUUCAGUCAAAUUGCUAAAGCGAUCGGGCGUAGAGGCAGCGGUGGUAGUAAAAAGAAAGAUUGGAAUGCCGUUGUUCGACAGAACACAUUUGCUAAAGAUCCAAUAGGAAGUUCGAAUGAGGCAUUCGCGAAGCAAACGAGACGAAGUAUUCGUAGAAGUAUGCGAGGCAAUUCCGAUUUAGCUUCUCUCGAUCCUAAUCGUUUGGUCGAGUACAAUCCAAAUCUAUCCGAAGUAACGCCUACGACGAGAAUCGCUUAUGCCAAAUUCAUGAUGAAACGAAUUAAGCAAAUCGAUGAGGUUGAAGAUGCGGAAGAAAAUGAUAAAACAGGAGCUGAAGAAGAAGGUGGAGGAGAAAUAGGAGGAGGAGAAGGGGGAACAGGAGGAGGGAAGAGUGCAACCUCCUCUCAAAGAUCAAGUGUGAAGGUAAAAUUGUCCGAAGGUGAACGUCCCAAGUUAAUUUUGUCAGAGUCUCUGAAGAAAGGAAUAUUAAAAUCAAUGAGCGCUGGUAGUAUCGAUAAACAGGGUGAUAAGUUAACACCAGAUGGAAAGCCAGCAGAACUUAGAACUCCAACGCCCAUACCUGAAGAUCCGAGAGAGGAUGAUGUCAGCAAGAUACCAGCCGAGGCAGAAAUCUCAGUGAGUAAAUCUGGUAAAGCUGAUGCAGAUAAGGCAACCCAAGAGCCAGCCAAAGAUCAAAACGUAGAUGAUGCAAAGAAGAAAGAAGAAGAAGAAAAGAAGAAGAAAGAAGAGGAUGAGAAAAAGAAAAAAGAAGAGGAAGAAAAAAAGAAAAAAGAGGAAGAGAAAAAAAAGAAAGAGGAAGAGAAAAAAAAGAAAGAGGGAACAGAUAAAGAAGUACCAAAGUCUUCAAAGCAGCAAGAAGAUAAUGUUCCAGUGGCUACAACAAAAUUACGUGGAAAAUCUAAAGCAACCGGUCAAAUCAUGGGCGGCUGGAUCUAAAUGUUUUCUUAAUUGAUUUUCCAAGAACUUGAUAGAUAACGUAAAUGUACCGAUAUCUGUAACUUUCAAAUGAUUACUGAUGUUAUAUAUCUUUCGGAUUAUCAAUAGCAUCAAUCCAUACAUAUAUGAA